CUUUUCAGGGGAGAAAUCAAAAUAAGAUCACAAGUAAAGCUUCCUGCGGCCCACUUAACCUCAUACUCCAGGAUGUCUGGUUCUUGGAUUGCCUCAUUCAUCUAAUGCUGUCACCCAACGUUGCUUAAUCCAAGAGUGUGUAUAUAUAAGUAGAGUUGGCAUAUAACUGCAUCAACUACUACCAAGUGUGGACAACAGGAAGCCUCAUCAUUUGAGACCAGCCCUUCACAUUUAUAACUUAGGAGCCUGAAAAAUGAAGCCUAAAAUGAAGUAUUCAACCACCAAAAUGUCCCCAGCAAAGAUGAAAAGCACAGCAGGCAAAGCCUUGGUAAAAUCUCCCAAGUUGAGAAAAUCCCAACAGAAGGCUGAAGAAGUUUGUCAGAUGUACUAUAUGCAGCUACGCUCCGGCCUUAAAAUAGAAAAAAAGGUCUGUUACUUUAGGAAAGAAACCACCAAAAGGCAUUCAUCAACAGCUGAGAAGUACAAAGAGCAUCUGGCACUAUUUACCUGUAAGCAGACGAAACACUUUAGUCAGUCUGUGGACCAGGGCUUCACCUUGGGUAAUACAACGGUCAAGAAAUACUCUACAGCAAAUCACCUAUCAAGUAUCAAAGAACAUUCUGCUUCCCUGAGUACAUACAACGAUCAGUUCAUUAGUUUUGUUUUUGAGGAUGGAAACUAUGAGAUCUGUGUUGAGGACUUGAUAGGAGACCGAGAGAAAGACAAGGUGUUACUCCGUUACUAUGAAUCCCAAUUCCCCUUAAGUGAAACAGAUGGUGAUGGUAGUCAUCGGAAGUUAAUGGUAAACCUGAGCCCCACGAAAGACAAAGACUUCUUGCUGCAUGCUAACAGUAAGGAGCACUCUGUGGAGCUACAAAAAUGUGAAAACCAGUUGCCAGAACAAGCCUUCUUUGUCCUUCAUGAGACGUCCUCCCAGUGUGUUUCAUUUGAAUGUAAGAGCAAUCCUGGAGUGUUUCUAGGAGUAAAGGAUAACCAACUAGCUCUAAUUAAAAGAGGGGAAGACCCUGAGGAUUCAAAUACACAGAAUAUCACAUUUAAGCUCUCAAACUUAAUGUGAUGGAAAGCUGCAGAUCUUUGGUUGAGUAGCCCCAAUAGCUACCACUGAAAAAAAGAUGAGAUAUAAAGAGACAGAUAACACGAAGGCAAACGGAAUGUUUAGUAUGGUGUGGAAUGUUUUCCUUAUUAUGUACAAAAAUUUUUUUAUAACCCUUCAGUUCUGUUUUUCAUUUCCCUCUGUAUAUCUCUCUGUAUAUUCUGCAUAUUCAAUACAAAUAUUGGAAUAUUUAAUAGCAUACUGGUAAAGAGACUUGCCAACAUUCUGAAGUAUACACCUGACCUUUACUUUUUUCCCAAAGGUCCUUAUCCCUAGUCUUGCUUUAGUCAAAGAUCAAUUUUAAAGAGCUACAUAGGGACAUCAUUUUCCAUGAUUCUAAACAAUAGCCUCAAACACUUAAAGGCUUAAUGAAAAGACAACUGGAAGCUACACAGAUUGACCAUUUCACAACCAGAAUAAAACAUCAAGAUUGUUUAUAAAUACUCAAAACUUCAGACACCUAAAUGGCUAAGCAGGUAAUAUGAAUAUGUGAAAAGGCAAGAAUAAUUUUAAAAUUAAGAAAAUUAAAUCUAGUAUUUAAAACUGAAUAAUUUCAUCUCUCAUUUUUUAAAUUCCAAUUUUUAUAGAUUGCGUUAACAUUAAGCAAGGCAUUCUUACAUUAAAAAGUAAAAUAAAUUUUAUUUCAGACAUAAAACUGAAAUUAUUAGGAAUAUCUAACAAACUAGAAUUUUUUUUGAAGCAUUGAACCACAACAUAUGUUCAGGCAUGCAAGUACCAUGGGCUGCAAGCACUAUGGAGGGGCUAGAAGUCCUCUAACCUAUUAGAGCUUAUAUGGGACAUAGGAUUAAUAUUACAAUUUCAAUAACUGGCUAUCCCUCAUAUGUUCUUCUGACCCUGACUUUCAGGAACCCAUGACUUUUGAUCUACUCAUCACCUUAAACAAAAUUUUUUCUAAUCCUUUCUUCUCACAUGUGCAAGUCCUUUUCUAGUCUGAUUUCCCAAUGACCCUGCUUACUAUGGAAUAUACAUAUACAUUUCUUUUGACCAACUAUGUCAUGUACUCCCAAAUGUACUCCCUGACCUCACUUCUACAUCACCUGAUCUCUCAUGCCAGUAUCUUUAUUCUGCUUUUUCUACCUGAUGCUGUAGAAUUUUACAUAAACCUAUCAGUGGCAAUAUUUUUCAUUAAACAUCUUUGUGUUUUAUUGUUACUAAGGUACUAAAGUUUAUAGUCAAUCAUAUAAUAACAUUUCUCAACUACUAAAUAGCUUUUGCUUACUUUAAAACCUUUGCAAUUUCUACUGUAAUUUUUCAUAGGUAUAAUACUGACAA